AGCUUCAUGUGACUCGGCGGCGCGCGCGCGCGUGCGCUCGGAGCCGAGUACGUGCCUGCAGUCACAUGACGUGUUCCCCACGCACGCGUGCGCGCGCACACGCCCAUUAGACACUCGCGCACACUCCACGGAAAGCGCCCUCCCGCUCAUAACAGUCCGCACCUAAACGGCGACAACACACUUUGGAGUCCGGCUGCUCUCUGGGGAACUUUUAUUUUUCGCGCCUACUUUUUGUUUUUCUUCUUCCCCUCCUCUUCUCUUUUGUUGAAUUAAUACUUUUGAGUUGUAGAAGUUUUUUUCGUAGCAACAUGGAAGGGAUUACGAGGGCGCAACCGCCGCCAUGUGCGUCAAAACACUCCUCACUGGAUAUGACUGACAUGCAAGGAAUGGAUUUUCCAAUUUAUGUGUAUAAAUCCAGGAGAGGCAUGAAGCGUGUGGACGAGAACAAGGACACGUACAAGCUCCCGCAUCGAUUAAUCGAGAAGAAAAGGCGGGACAGGAUCAAUGAAUGCAUUGCACAAUUGAAGGAUUUGCUACCAGAACACCUGAAGCUCACAACGCUGGGUCAUUUGGAGAAAGCGGUGGUGCUGGAGCUCACGCUCAAACACGUCAAAGCCUUGAGUGGCCUGCUGGAGCAGCAGCAGAAGAAGAUUGCGGAGCUGCAGAACGACCUGCUGAUAACUGACCAUGGCGGCGACGGCCCGGAGAUCAGCGAGCAGAUGUUCCGCUCAGGAUUCCACCUGUGCGCCAAGGAGGUCCUCCACUACCUGGCGUGUCAAGACGCCAGUCGGGACCUGGCGCCGUCCCACGUCAUCAGCCACAUCCACAAGGUGGCUUCCGAGGUCCUCCAGCAACCAAGCGACGCCGUCCCCCAGAGUUCGGAGAAACCGACGCAAAGUACCGACCAGGCCCCGAGAUCCGCCGAGGGCGCGGCCAGGAACUGUGUCCCCGUCAUCCGAAGGACUUACCCCAGCGGGACGGGGGAGCAGAGCGGCAGCGACACGGACACCGACAGCGGCUACGGGGGCGAACACGACAAGCGCGACGCCAAAGCGCGGUGGUCGGCCGGCCGCGGGAAGGACGGCGAAGCCAAACGGACAGUCGACGGCGUCAAGAACGAGGGGGAGGAGCCCGGCGCCAAGAGAUCGAGGUUUGACUCCGAAGACGCACCGACGUCCGACGGCGGCCCCGGCAGCUACGUGACUUUCUCGCCCAAUCAGCAGCGGCCGCUCUGCCUCCCCUUCUACCUCCUGCCUCCCGCCGCCGCCGCCUACCUGCCCUUGCUGGAGAAGUGCUGGUACCCGGCGGGCAUGCCGGCCGUCUACCCCGGCGUGGCAGACGCGGUGACCAUGGACGCUCCCGUCCUCCACAAAGCUUUCAAACAGCACACCCCGCCUUUAACCUCGGACGCCAAAGAGUAGGAGACCUCCUGCUUUGGCGUGAUGGACACGGAAGUUCUAGAAGACAAACUUUCACUGGCUGUGCUCAGACGGCGCUCCGGAACACUGUGGAACCCUGACGAGUGUGCUUAGGGGAUUUACUCCUGGUUUUUGGACCACUGUUGUGUUGAAUGUUAACCCAGAAUGUAAGGGACAAAAAAAAACUUGAUGUUCCGACGCUGCCGAUCACGAUACCGACCAUCCAUGAGUAAGAUACCAACACCGAUCACAAGUAUCAACUGUACAUUUUUCUAUUAUAUCGAGUGCUUUUGACAGUUUUGACAAUAUCAACCAAAUAUUUCAACUGGUUCCUUAUUCUCUAUAAUUACAUACAAUUGUCAAUAGAACAAGAUAACUAAACAAUAAUGAAAAACUGUUGAUUAAUUGAAACUUUUAUUAGUAGAUUUCACAGUUCAGUACAUAUUCCGUACAAUUGACCACUAAAUGGUAACACCCGAAUAAGUUUUUCAACUUGUUGAAGUCGGGGUCCACGUUAGUCAAUUCAUGGUAAACUACUAUCUGGCAAGGCAAGGCAACUUUAUUAAUAUAGCACAGUGGUCCCCAACCACCGGGCCGUGGCCCGAUUAGUACCGGGCCGCGGAAUAAUUUUUUAUUAAAUUUUAUUUUUAUUUUUUUAUUUUCUUAAAUAUAUAUAUAUAUAUAGUGUUAGUCGAACCUCGGAUUCAGGAGAAACAGUGUGGUUUUCGUCCUGGUCGUGGAACUGUGGACCAGCUCUAUACUCUCGGCAGGGUUCUUGAGGGUGCAUGGGAGUUUGCCCAACCAUGUGCUUUGUGGACUUGGAGAAGGCAUUCGACCGUGUCCCUCGGGAAGUCCUGUGGGGAGUGCUCAGAGAGUAUGGGGUGUCGGACUGUGUUAUUGUGGCGAUCCGCUCCCUGUACGAUCAGUGCCAGAGCUUGGUUCGCAUUGCCGGCAGUAAGUCGAACACAUUUCCAGUGAGGGUUGGACUCCGCCAAGGCUGUCCUUUGUCACCGAUUCUGUUCAUAACUUUUAUGGACAGAAUUUCUAGGCGCAGUCAAGGCGUUGAGGGGUUCCGGUUUGGUAACCGCAGGAUUAGGUCUCUGCUUUUUGCAGAUGAUGUGGUCCUGAUGGCUUCAUCUGACCGGGAUCUUCAGCUCUCGCUGGAUCGAUUUGCAGCCGAGUGUGAAGCGACCGGAAUGAGAAUCAGCACCUCCGAGUCCGAGUCCAUGGUUCUCGCCCGGAAAAGGGUGGAAUGCCAUCUCCGGGUUGGGGAGGAGACCCUGCCCCAAGUAGAGGAGUUCAAGUACCUAGGAGUCUUGUUCACGAGUGAGGGAAGAGUGGAUCGUGAGAUCGACAGGCGGAUCGGUGCGGCGUCUUCAGUAAUGCGGACGUUGUACCGAUCCGUUGUGGUGAAGAAGGAGCUGAGCCGGAAGGCAAAGCUCUCAAUUUACCGGUCGAUCUACGUUCCCAUCCUCACCUAUGGUCAUGAACUUUGGGUCAUGACUGAAAGGAUAAGAUCACGGGUACAAGCGGCCGAAAUGAGUUUCCUCCGCCGUGUGGCGGGGCUCUCCCUUAGAGAUAGGGUGAGAAGCUCUGCCAUCCGGGAGGAACUCAAAGUAAAGCCGCUGCUCCUCCACAUCGAGAGGAGCCAGAUGAGGUGGUUCGGGCAUCUGGUCAGGAUGCCACCCGAACGCCUCCCUAGGGAGGUGUUUAGGGCACGUCCAACCGGUAGGAGGCCACGGGGAAGACCCAGGACACGUUGGGAAGACUAUGUCUCCCGGCUGGCCUGGGAACGCCUCGGGAUCCCCCGGGAAGAGCUAGACGAAGUGGCUGGGGAGAGGGAAGUCUGGUUUUCCCUGCUUAGGCUGUUGCCCCCGCGACCCGACCUCGGAUAAGCGGAAGAUGAUGGAUGGAUGGAUAUAUAUAUAUAUUUUUUUUAAUUUAAUCCACAUAAAAAAUACAAUAUACACUCACAAUUAGUGCACCAACCACAAAAACCUCCCUUUUUCAUGACAAAAGAAAAAAAAAGGAUCAAGCAAGGUUUUUUUUUUUCAUAGUCUGAUUUAUUUUUAUAGUGGGGAAGAAAUUUGGCGUGACAGCCUGUUAUUCUUCUAGCUCCCAUGCUAGCUCUUUGCUUUUGCCUUUUGUACUCUUGAGCAAGUUUUUUUUUUUUUUCAUAGUCUGAUUUAUUUUUGUAGGGGGGGAAGAAAUUUGGCGUGACAGCUGUCUCUCGGCGUGAAACGUGUUGAGCUUAAUGAUAAAUAAUAACAAUAUUUAAAAAUGCAGUCUAUUUGCCGUAAUGGAGGUGGUUAUUAUUAUUAUGAUUAUUAAUGUUAUUGUAUAGCCUCACAUAAUUUUACUGCUAGCGGCUUGUCAACCAGAGAGUAUCGGUGUUGGUAAUCGGCGUUAAAAGGCCUACUUUUUCACGGAAAUGGUCCCAAUGUGUCGGCAGGAUGUAUUUGCACACAUGAAUGUAAGGAGUGAACAGAACGGCUGUAGAUACCGCUUGUAUAGAUCUACUGAUAUAUAUCGCCACUCACCAGCCGGCCAUCUGGGGGAUCGAUCCGCAUCGGUGAUUGAUGAUCAGAACUUGUUUUUUUAUUUUUGUUUCCUCCAACAUUUGUGUUUCUACUACUCGUACAUCUCUAUUUUUGAUACGUGACCUAAUGAGUGUAUUUGCGGUGGCGGUUGUAGCCGUGUGUUGUAUGCCAGGAGUGUACAAAGCUUGUUGUUGUUGUUGUUUUCCACCCGUAUCGCAGCUACCCUCCAUUUCCAGUCUGAUAUCAGCUCAUGAUGCCUUUUGCCUCAUUUAGCGUGCACACUGAGGAUUGUUAACGUGUUUGCUUUACAUGCGGCAAAGAGAGUGAAUGUAAAGAAAAUAGUUUUAUAUGUAGAGAGGUACUAGGGGAUGAUGUUUUCAUGUCCGCAUUUUGUAAAAUAUUAAAGUAUUAAUAAAGCA